CAUCUUUGAGCACUUCUUAGAAAAUUGUGGCAGUGUUUAGGGUAUAAUGGUUGUUUGGAAUUGACGCAGCAAAUAGGUUGAGGGCUUUGUCGUCGAAGGCUUUUCGGAGCAUGGAAAACAAAUCGGAGCCUGUCGGCAUUGCCGCCCUUGGAAAAGGAGAAACUGAUGGAUCCCAAAACAGAGCUGUGGGAAAUGGAGAAAGUUCGGACCAUCAAAAAGAAAGAAAGACAGACGAGCCAAAACCACAGACAUCAGACGAAAGUUGCCGCAAGAGAAAAGUUAAGCUUGAAAGCAGUGAAAAAGUUCACAAAAGAAAACGAAUGCUUGUUCAGCGUUUGAAGCUGAGGUCUUUAAGGAAGAAAAAUGAAGCGGCUAGAAGAAGUGCUCAGCAGUACGGUCCAAGUCUCACAGACUUGUCAGACGAGUUGCUGCUGGUGGUGUUGCGUUCACUGCCACCUCGUGACGUGCGCUCUCUCGGGCAAGUGUCAUCACGGUUCGUUAAUGUGGUUGCUGACCAUACGUUGUGGGUGUCUCCAGACUUCCGUCACCAGAGAGGAUUGUCUUGUGAUCAGUUCUGUGAGCAGUACUUGCCAUUCUUAGGCCCGUGGACAACUUCGGUGGCUACUCGAGGUCCUCUCCUGUCUCCAGAACCAGCAAGACUACUGCCACGAGUCGGCGACUACUUGUCGGCGGAGUUCGUCGCCAGACUGGAGGCGCGCUGUCCGAACCUGAAGGCGCUGGUACUGCGGGACCACCGCAUCGACGCACGUGAGGUCUGCCCGGGCACGCUGCCGCGCCGCCUCGAGCGCCUCUCCUUCCGCCGCUGUGGCCUGGUGGGCACACAGCCGGGCGACUCGUACUUCUCGGGCUUCCACACUGCACUCGCCCACCUGCAGGAACUGGAGCUCAACAGGUGCCCAUGGUUCUAUUCACACUCACUGAUGGCACUGAGCAAGUGCGCUCACUUGAAGGUACUCCGCAUCACACAGUGUCCCGGCAUCGUCGACUCGCUCCCGUACAUCAGCCUCUCCUGCCGGUUUGGCUUCAAGAGCUUGGAGGUGCUGGACUUGAGGCAGACACCGGUGGGGGAUCCGGAGGUGAUGUGCUUCAGCCAGCUGCAGCGGCUGGAGGAGCUCCUGCUGGAGCGGCCGGGCGCCGUCGCGUCCGCCGUCGCCGACAGCUCGGACUCGUCGGACGGCAGUGACGCCGAGCUGCUGCCCUGCACCGCGGGCGCUUCCGCGGCCGGGCGCUGGCCCGUGCCGCGCUGUCGCUGCGGCGAGUCACCGCCCGAGUGGGGCGGCGGCAGCGGGGCCGGGCGGCCCUGCUACGGCGGCGCCAACUGCGGCUGCUGGGGCACCGGGGGGCGCUGCAGCCCGCCGCCCGACGACGUGGACCACCACCAGCACGCCCACAGCAGCUGGCACCACGAGUUGCAGGGUCGUCAUCCAGGAGUCAACUGCGUGGACUGGUCACCCAGCUUGAUGGAGUCGGUAUCUGACACAGGGAUCUGCUCCCUGGGGAAGGGCACACGCUCCGCUCCGGGCGUGGUCGUCGUGCGCAUGGUCGGCAUCGCCCUGACGGAGCACAACCCGCGCCUCAGGAAGCUUGUCGUGCGCGGGUUCUCAUACGUGACUGAUGCGAGUGUCCGCUACCUGGCCCUGGUGAACACACUGCGCCACCUGGACCUCGCGGGCUGCGGAGUGACACGCCGUGGUCUUGAGGCGUUUGCUGCUCUCCGCCCUGACGUUGAAGUCGUGGGACUGCAACGGAAGAGAACAGAAUGGGAGGAGUACAGGGACCGGAUCGAAGGGUCCCUGGCGGACAAGGCGGCGAGGGACGUGGCGAUACCCGAGAAUGCGAGGAGUGCCGGCCACUCAAAGACGUCACAGAGGACGGGCUGAGAACCGGCACAGGAGCAGCAGGAGGCGGAAGGGCGCUGAUAUACUGUGCCGCUCCUGCUGCUUCUCAGAGGACUGCUUCGUUUGCUGUACACCAGUAUUACUUGCGGUGGACCACAUAGCGGCUGACUGGGCCAGAAUACUCCCAGAUGUGUGUAUUCAGUGCUUUUUCUCUGUUUUUCAAAUUAGUGCAUCACAUUUUCGCUUUAUAGCACUUUGUAUUUCCUGUGUAAAUCGUCAUCUCAAAAGACUGUCUGUUUGACAAACCUUUACAAGUUGGAUGUCAACAGCACACUUGAAACUUGUGCCACAAAAAUAUUUAGUGAAGAACAUAUGGCUAGUUGUUUUAUGUUUACAUUAUACUAACAGAUGUUUUACAUACACAGUGUUAAAUGUUUUUUGUGCACACGCUCGUGUGUGUGUGUGUGUGUGUGUGUGUGUGUGUGUGUGUGUCAGAAAUUUCAUAACUGAUUAAUGUUGUCUGCAAGGAAAAUUGUGUGAAAACUUUAGUGUAGACCUUUUCUGGAAAAGGAAUUGUAUUCACAUAAGUUACGCUUCGUAGUCCUUCUGCAGUGUACUGUGAAUGUGUCUUUCAUUUUGUUAAAUGAGGAACUUCAUGUGGUUACAGAAUAUGGGACAUUGCAACUCUUCUGAUAUUUAUUCUUAAUCACAGGUUGUGUGAAAGACUGUUUGAAAAUUUGAGAGUGAUUGGAGAAUAUUCGUAAGAAAGAUAGAUGUUACCGAUGGUUUUUAUGGAGGGAACUAAGAACAGAGGUACCCACUAAGAAUAUAAUUGAUCCUAUAGUCACCAGACGUGAUGCAGGUAGUGUUGUGACAUUAUUUAUAACAAUGACAGCCACUGAGGUAUUUGUAGGUAAACAAAUGAUCAGAGAUUUGUCAUCGAUCACCAUAAGAAGUUGUGGCAGUGAUAGCCUUCCCAACUUCGUUUCACGAACAGUCUCACGUACAGGUAAAUCACGUUCGGGGGAAUAAUAAAACAGUGGCCUCGACAUGGGAUUGAACGGUGGGAGUGCUAAGAUUCUAGCAUUCUGAUUUGAAGAAUUUAAUUAAUGCAUUAGAAGAUGCAGAUGUCAGAAGAAAACGACAAAGUGCUGCACCAUGAAUUCUGAUCUGAGCAAUGGAAAGGACAGUUUCAUUGCUUCCAAACAGGAGUUAAUGAAUUAAACUGUGAAUUUUGCGAUCAUCAUAAAUGUUCUAUGUGUGGAAACAAGAGUUAAUGAAUUAAACUAUGAAUUUUGCAAUCAUCAUAAAUAUUCUGUGUGUCAUUUCUUAAGGGCAAGAAUGUUGCAUGAUAAAUACUUUAGUUUGUAGUGUAGCCAAUGAACUUACUUAGAUGUCUGUAAGCCCUAUCUAUGUGAUGUGUUGGCAGUGGCCUCUCUGUGUCAAAACUCGUAGGUUUCUGUACAAAGCCAAAGAUGUAACACCACCAUGUUGUGCAAAAAUAACUAGCUCAGAAGUAUAGCUUUGUAUUACCUGUGAACAUCUUUUCGGAUGGCUUUUAUUUUUGCCCAUAUGUUGUAUGAGAUACUUUAUGUUGAUGACACUGAUUUCUGUUAUAUGCCAGCUGUUAUCGUAUUGAUCAUUCAAAGAUUCCUAAAGCGUGACUGAGUUUAUCGUUGGUUAUACAUUCAGAUAUUGGAAUGUAUAUUUUUUUCAUUUAUGUGACAAAUAUUUAAUUUGUUGAAAAUUGUAUAAGAAAAUGUAUCUCUUCACAUGUUAAAUGUCGAGAAUAGUAAGUACACGUAUUUUCUAAGCUAAAUAUCAACAAUUUAAAGUAGUAGCAUCAAUCUGAAUGUAAUUUUAUUUAGUACAAAUCCUUUGUAACAAAGAUUGUCGAUACAGAACCAAACUAAUUGUUCAGCUUGUAACUAUAUAAAUGAAUAAAAAGAUCCCUUUGUCAAGUACA